GUCGCAUCUUGGAUGCAAGUGACAACUGACAGACCGCUCUGGAUCCGACUAGUAGCUGGCCAGAUCAUUCUCUUUGUUCGGCAGUGACAUGCAUGAUCAACUGGGAUUCUUUGGAUCCUCGCUUCGGGGGGAGGUGUAUUCAUGUAUUAUUACUCGUGUUAUUACCUUUAUUACCUUGGAGUACCCGAAUCAUCACCACUCAAGUAAGUACCCAUAUACCCAUAUACCCAGCCUCCUCACGCCUCCUCGCGCCUCUUGCGCAGCUCCCCGACGAUCCGGCAUCCGACGUCGACCCCUUGGCUACUUUUGCCUAAUUGCCUGCGCCUGGAUGCUAGCAGCAUGCUCACUCUCUCUCACAGAACAUCCUCUAGGUAUUUACAUUCAUCAUUCGUUGAGGCGUUCCGGGCGCGCCAAGCUCUUAAUUACAAGUUGUACACGAGUCAUGAAUCUCCU